AUGAAUUUUUAUUUAGGUUCUAGCUCAUGUAACACUGCUACUGGGGCUAUUGCUGGAGGGGUUGCUGCCGGUGCUGCUUUGCUGUUUGCUGCACCUGCAAUUGCACUUGCUUGGUGGCGACGAAGAAAACCACAGGAUCAUUUCUUUGAUGUACCUGCGGAGGAGGAUCCAGAAGUUCAUUUGGGACAGCUCAAAAGGUUUUCUUUGCGCGAGCUACAAGUUGCAACAGAUACCUUUAGCAAUAAAAAUAUUCUAGGUAGAGGUGGAUUUGGUAAGGUUUAUAAAGGACGUUUAGCUGAUGGGACUCUGGUAGCUGUAAAAAGACUUAAAGAGGAGAGAACCCAAGGCGGGGAGCUACAGUUCCAAACAGAAGUUGAAAUGAUUAGCAUGGCUGUCCACCGCAAUCUGCUUCGUCUGCGUGGAUUUUGCAUGACACCAACAGAAAGGCUGCUUGUAUAUCCUUAUAUGGCUAAUGGAAGUGUAGCAUCAUGUUUAAGAGAUCGUCCAGAAGCACAGCCUCCACUUGAUUGGGAAAUAAGAAAACGCAUAUCAUUGGGAUCUGCAAGAGGCCUUGCUUAUUUGCAUGAUCAUUGUGAUCCGAAAAUUAUUCACCGUGAUGUCAAAGCUGCAAACAUAUUGUUAGAUGAAGAAUUCGAAGCAGUUGUUGGAGACUUUGGAUUGGCUAAACUCAUGGAUUACAAAGAUACGCAUGUUACCACAGCUGUACGUGGCACAAUUGGUCAUAUAGCACCAGAGUAUCUCUCAACAGGAAAGUCGUCAGAGAAAACUGAUGUUUUUGGAUAUGGAGUCAUGCUUCUUGAACUUAUCACUGGGCAGAGGGCUUUCGAUCUUGCUCGGCUUGCAAAUGAUGAUGAUGUGAUGUUGCUUGAUUGGGUCAAAGGAUUGUUGAAAGAUCGGAGAUUGGAAGCUCUUGUUGAUGCUGAUCUAAAUGGUAACUAUAUCGACGACGAAGUGGAGCAGCUGAUCCAAGUAGCUCUACUCUGCACGCAAGGCACCCCAGGGGAAAGGCCCAAGAUGUCAGAGGUUGUCAGAAUGCUUGAAGGGGAUGGUUUGGCGGAAAGAUGGGAGGAGUGGCAGAAAGAGGAGAUGUUCCGCCAAGACUUCAACCCUAUUCAACAUGCAAGUACGAAUUGGAUCAUGGACUCUAGUUCUCAAAUUCCACCCGAUGAGUUGUCCGGUCCCAGGUGA